AUGGUGGUCAUCACUGCUGCCCCAGCAGCCCUUCCGCCGCAGGAAUUGUCUCUGUUCUAUACGACCGACGAGCUCCUCUCCAAUUCUCCAAUACUCCUCUUCUACGGCACAAGCCCCGCGAACCACAACAAUCCUGCGGGCCAGCAUCGCAUCUCUGCCCAUGUCUUCACCCCAGCUGGCCUACAGAGCUUCACCCGGCUCAUGGUAUCGCCCACCGCCCCAUUCUACAGCGCCGUCACCUGUCUACCCCAUGAAGAGCAGGGUGAUGAGGUGUGCCGAGGACUCGCCUUCAGUCUGUACAAAUACUUUGCUGAGCUCCCUGUCACUGUCAGGAAUGUGUGGGAGACACACUGUAACUCUCUGGGAAACUUGCCUUCGGCGCCGAGGCUCUUCACAGAGUCGCACGCAGCGAUGCUAGCUAGUCGCAUGGUAAAAGUCGACAACGUUGUUGAGGUUAUCAACGACGUGAGAGAGGCUUUGGGGGAGCAAAACCUAGCAUGGCUCGAUUUGGACGUAGUUCUCCCCGCUGGAACCAUUCAGAAGCUGGACAACCCACGCGAGUCGAACCUUUUUGACAUACCAGAAGAUGAGGUGCUGCACCAGAGAUAUGGUCAGUAUGCGCCAGUCGUCAAACUAUUUGGCGAAACAGCCUUCAUCCCAACAUCGAAGCUCCGCCGAGCGCCAUCGAAACCGACAGCUCUCAACCGAUCACAAUCCUUUUCAAGGAAACAGAAGGAAACUCUCCGGCGCGAGAUGUGCGAGUUGUUGGAUACAGAAGAGAGCUAUAUUAGCAAGGUUUACGACCUCAUACAUAGCGUAGCUGCAGAUUUCCGCCAGAAAGCCAGAACCAAGAGCGGCGGGAGCUCAAGUCCUAGCGAGGAUGCUCUCAAGGGGCUGUUCCCUCCUAGUCUCGACCGCAUUCUCGAGGUCAAUUCCGAUUUUAUGGAGGCAAUUCGAGGCAUUCUAGAAGAUACGGAGAACGACGCGAUUCAAGAUAUUGAACAGGCCACAGACGAUGUUUAUGUCGCUCCGCUUCGUGGCCAGAAGGACGUAAAAGACGUGACUGGAGCAUUGAAGCUAAGCAAGGCUUUAGUGGAAUGGUUUCCAAAGUUUGCGGAUUGCUACAUCGAUUACAUCCAGGCCCAUGCUGAGUUCUCACAACUUUUGAAGAUAUUCACGAAAGAGACGGGAUCUAGCUUCUCAAAGCGAGUGCAUGAAACUGGUGAGCAGCGUCUCAUGUCCAUGCUCAUCGAGCCUGUUCAGCGCCUUCCGCGCUAUAAUUUGUACAUCGACAACAUUGUCAAGCAGCUCCCAGUACGCCAUCCUGCUAUCAAAUCGCUUCUCAAAGCUAGGGAUAUCAUCUCAGAAAUCUGUUCUAGAGAUUCUCCUACAUCUCAACAAAUGAAGGUGAUUGAUCGUUUGCGAAAGAUGGUCUUCGGUUGGCCUCCGACAUUCCAGCCCCUUGGCCGGCUUAUCAAUGCGGUCGACUUUGUGGAACUUGCACCACCUUACCGUUCUGAGGGACAAGCUUCCGCAGCAGCAACUGGCAUAUUUCUCCUAUUUGCCGACUCUCUCAUACUUCUAAGUAGACCUGUUGGCAGUAGCAUCACAGCUCGUAGUGUGCUGGCUGAUGUGGAUACGCCAAAACUGACAGAAGAUUAUUCUGGAUCCUCCCAACUCAUCUUCCACCAGGCUGUCAGACUUAACGAUGUUUUUGUCAGCGAACAAUCGGAUGGAAAAACACUCCAGCUAUUAGCUCCAAUGCCCACACCAAGCCAGUCCGCGAGGCCAAGAAGCCGCGAUCGACCCUCCGGCGUCGGCGUCCGAAUGUUCUCCCUGAAUGGUCCCUAUGAAGGGAAGGCCCAUAAAUGGACAGAGGAUGUGAUCAAAGCCAGAGUUGAAGGCAGAUUUCCGGAGGCAGAACGAGAAGGCUACAGAUGGGAGGUACGGACUCUAUCCGGGGACCUUAGCUUGUUCUCUGCCAUCUUUGAGAACGACGACCAGGAGCUGCCAGAAGGGAGGGCUGGCCCAGCCAAGAUACGCGUUGUGGUCGAUCCAGCAACAUCGAACAAAUUCGCUGGUCUUGGUGAGAACGGGAUUGAAGCUGUAGCUUGCAUCUCGAUACUAAGCAACGACUUCUUCCUGUUGGAGGUCAACGGGAUAAACAAGUAUGGAACGAGCGAUCGACUUACAGCCUCCGAGUUCCUGCCCGUGCUCACAAAGCGAUUGAGCAACUUCUUGCAAAUGCGCAACAAUAUCAGGAAUCCCGCCCUUGCCGUCACGUUCCUAUCCCGCAAUCAGCAUAUUCUCAAGUCUCUUGCGCUUCAAACCGAAAAGUCCCGACCAAGCAGUCCUCAGGAACGGACAUUCCGGCCACCUUCUCCUGUGAAGAUGCUCUCCAAUCUGUUCGGAGGCAGUGUAGCUAAAGACUCCGGUGGGACUCGGAGAUUCCAUCGCAAUCCGCCUUCCCUCAGCGAUUUUCCACGAAUGGCCCCUCCAUCAGGUCCACCAUCAAGGACGCAGAGCAGAGAUGGGGAGUUGUCUCGACCCACGUCUUCUAGCAGAACAAUAGGUUUCAAUGCUUCUGAGUUAAAUUUAGAGUCAUUAUCGAAAUUAGAGGAAACCUUGGCAACUUACGUGUUGGCAUUACAAGCUCGUAAAGGAAACAUCGUGGGCAGGACUCUUCGAGGGCGAGGUGGCGCAGACGAGCUCGUUGUCAACGAACUUUACAAUACGCUGCUCGAAGACCCGAACAAACACGAUGCCGCCGCCCAAGCCUCCGUUGAUGUUCUCUUCUCGGCAUUCGAAAAGUUCCUGAAGGUUGCUUGGACGGAAAAGAUGGGGCCUGUUAUAUCACAAUCUGUCCUGACUACCUUGCAACUCAGAUCUGACUCCAUGCAUCCAGCUGAGUUCGAGGAUUUCUUCCGGAUGACCUUCGCGGAAAUGGCUCCGCAGAAUCAGCGUGCGCUGCGCGCCACAGUCAAGCUGCUCGCGGAUCUUUUAGACGGAACCGGAAACGAUGGUGACCGUGGAAUCCUCACUGUAGCUUUCGCUGAGGUUCUCGUUCCUGAAGGCAGUGCUAACGACUACAUCUCGUUACUUGACCGGUUCAUAAACGAUAUAGAGGGUCUCUUUGAUGAGCAUCUUCUGGGCGGCCUCUCUACUCCAAACCAUGGCUCCAUGACAUCUGAGUCGCGAGCACGUUCGGUGAAUACUGGAUCAAUGAGUUCGAAUGCGUCUUCGCUCCGAAAGCGUUUCGGCUUCGGAACACUGAGCCGAGAGAAUAGUAAAUCGGAACAUGAGUCAAAGGUGGGAUCGCUUUGGCGCACUUUGAGCAAGACUGGCCAUGGUGGAGACACUCAACCACCGAGCAUAUCAAAAGCAACUUCUUUGGGACGAUCCAAUUCCACAGACACGAAUAUUCGAACAUCUCCGAAGCGUCCUUCGUCCCGCGACCGUCCGACGGUACUGGGCGCUUUUAGUUUCGAGAACGGAGAAGGGUUCUCGGGCAAGUCGUAUGUGGGGGCUGGGCUGGGGACAAUUGGAGAGGUACCUUCUACUGCAGGGCCUCCUAGGAAGAAACGACGCUCUUCUCUCUCUGACCUCAAGUCUUUGCAGGCGUCCGCCAAUCACACUCCUACGUGGUCUCCACAGACACCCCGACACUUUGAUUCGGCCCAGCGUAGCAUCAGACAGAGGAGUACCUCGCCACAUACCCCCUCGCCAACUAAAACUGUUACUCAUAUUCCCACUCCCACUCGACUUGGGUCUCCCAUGCGGAAAGACAACUCGCCUGCAAAUGCCCUCGACCGACCAACUCUCAGCCGCCCACAUUCCAAGGGUUCACAACCUCCUGGAAAGUCUGAUGAAGUCAGUGUCAAAUCUCACAGCCCCUCCAAGCGUCGUACCGAGUCAAUUUCUGGUAUCCCGACGCUUAAGAGCGCUGCCAGCAGCGCCGGGCUUAGUGAGAAGCCCACAUCUGGCAACGUGACCAGACUCCCGCCCACCCCCGGCUCCUCCAUGAAGCCAGGGGCAAACGUAUCUCCACCGAAGAAACUCCGCAUGCAGAGUCCCCAGAAGCUCCGCGAGCGUCUUCAAAACGAGCAAAGAGCAAUCAACUCCGCUUCAAAGGAUCUCCAGGCCGAGCUGUCCGCAAUUGGCAAGGAGCUAGCCGCCACACCUUCAUCGAGUCGUCCUCUACGCCUCGCCACCACCACCUCGGCGCCUCCCGUUACGCCCAACGCAAGAUCACUCGAGUCUCGCGUCUCGACGCUGGAAACUACCGUCCGAACUACGUUCGAGACCCUUAACGCUCGGACGGACUCCAUCUCCACAGACCUUGCUUCCUCACUCCAAGUCUCUGAAACUCGCGUCAAGAAGCUCGACGAGCUGUACCGCGAAGCGAACGCCGAGAACGAAGCACUAUACGCACGCUUCAAUGACGAGCUCGCCAAGGUCAUGAAGGCCGUCAAGAAGGGACAGGGCGAAGAGGAGGUGCAGCGGCGGCUGAAAGAGCAGCAAGAGGAGGUGGCGCGAUUGCGGAAGGAGAACAAUAGGCUCAAGAGGGAGACGCUGGGGCUGAGGGCUCAGCUGAGGGGUGAUUAGGUUUGGGCAUGGGAUGAGUGAGGGAAGGGAAGGAAGGCGUUUGAAACGAGGGGAUGCAUUGGGCGUUCCGGUUGUAUGAAUAUUGACUGUACGAUUAGGUGCUGCUGGGUUGAGGUGUUGGGGACUACUUGGUUUGGAUGUGGGAAAAAAGCCUGGGAUCUCCUUGCACAGGUUUCUCUUUGCAUCGUGAUCAUGUGGGUGCUCCGCACUGGCGGUACUGGCAGCACACGACAAGCAACGAGAAACGGUGGACGAACACAAAUAAAAGCUCGAUGCGCUGCAUCGCAUGUACUCUGCUUCAGGAAAGCAUAUCUUAGACACGGUAGAGCAUAGCAUGGAUAGCAUACUCCUAUAAACCCAGGC